CUUUGAUCGCAACGUACGUGUUUUUUGUGCAGCUCUCGUCGUUGAAGGUUCAAAGCAAGCAAUAAGCAGUUGUAAUAGUAAUUAAAACGGUGCGCGUCGUGUGUUACAAAAGAAAAAAAAGUUGCAAUGAUUAACUUAUAAAUGCGAUAAAGUGGAGGUUUUUCCUGUUUUAAGGUGAUUUUUAAAUUGGGGCAGCUAGAGCUGGGGUAUAUCUCACUAUCAGUGCGACAGUGUCAAGAAAGGAAUCAUUUAAGUUUCAGUUGAGCAAGUGCAUCAUUGGAAAGAGAAACUUUCGAUUGGCUGAUGCCAAGUUCCGGAUUCCGUGGGGUUUCCAUUAGAAGCUGUGUUAGACCACUCUAUCGUGUGAGAGUAAUGCAAAGCGACGGCUGUAGCUGCAAAGCUCGCCAAGAAGUAAAGUGAAAAUCAGUGUUCAUAAGGAUAAUCGCUGUACGGUCCGCAAACAGAGAAGAAAGAAUUCUGCUAAAGGAAAACCAAAAAAAAAAAAAAAAUUGGUCCUGCGAGAGAUUCUACACAGAAAAACACGCUAAAAGAACGACGAGACCAAAAUGGCUGGUGUUUUCGACUUAGAGCUGCACGACGAGGAGAACAUUCACGACUCGGACGAUGAUGUGAUCGAGGUCGAUGAUGUAAGUUAUGGUACUCUGCUGGCCAUAAAUAUCCAUCGAAAUGAAAAUGUCGAUCUGGAACCGGAGCUGCACAUCAACAGCAACCUGGAAUCAGAAGGUUCAGAAACCAUCCCACUCUCAGAAGAAAUCGUUAACCAAGGCCGGAUAAAGCUCGGCCCACAGGACUUCGAACUAAAGAAAGUGCUCGGAAAGGGUGGCUACGGAAAAGUCUUCCAAGUGAGGAAAACAACCGGUGCCGAUGCUAACUCUUACUUUGCAAUGAAGGUGCUGAAAAAGGCCUCAAUAGUUAGAAAUCAAAAAGACACAGCUCACACACGUGCAGAGCGAAACAUACUGGAAGCCGUGCGGCAUCCAUUUAUAGUUGAAUUAGUGUACGCCUUUCAGACCGGUGGAAAGUUGUAUUUAAUCCUAGAGUAUCUGAGUGGAGGGGAGCUGUUUAUGCAUUUAGAACGUGAAGGAAUUUUCCUGGAGGACACCGCCAUCUUUUACCUGUGUGAAAUCAUCAUGGCCCUAACACAUUUGCACAAUCUUGGUAUCAUCUACCGGGACCUGAAGCCGGAAAAUGUGCUACUGGACGCACAGGGACACGUCAAGUUGACUGACUUUGGCCUUUGCAAAGAACACAUUCAGGAGGGUAUUGUGACGCACACGUUCUGCGGUACUAUUGAGUACAUGGCACCUGAAAUCCUCACCCGAAGCGGUCACGGAAAAGCCGUUGACUGGUGGUCACUGGGUGCUUUAAUGUUCGAUAUGUUAACCGGAAUGCCACCAUUCACCGCAGACAACCGCAAGAACACCAUCGAUGCGAUCCUGAAAGGGAAGCUCAACAUUCCUGCGUACCUUGCAAACGACUCCCGCGAUCUUAUCCGGCGGCUCAUGAAACGCCAAGUGUCCCAACGGCUCGGCAGUGGUCCCUCAGACGGACAGGCAGUGCAAGCUCAUCCGUUCUUCAAAAAUGUCAACUGGGAUGAUGUGCUUAACAGACGAAUCGAACCACCCAUCAAGCCUGUUCUGCGAAGUGAGGAUGAUGUUUCACAAUUCGACACCAAAUUCACCAAACAGAUUCCGGUUGAUUCGCCCGAUGAUUCAACAUUAAGCGAAAGUGCCAACCUAAUCUUCCAGGGAUUCACCUAUGUCGCGCCAUCGGUGCUGGAAGAAAUGCAGCAACCGCGCGUUGUAACAGCCCGUUCGCCACGGCGAACGCCUCGUCAGCACCACAAUCAUCACUCGCAUCACCACAUCGGCAGUCACAGUAGUCAUCGCAACAUGCACGCGGCCAACAGCCGACUAGUGGAGAACGGUGCAAUUUCCCUAGCGGACGAGCAGAUGCUCAGUAUGCCCCGGGCGGGCGGCGCCAGUAGUAGUCAUCUGGUGUUCCCGCAGCAGCAGCAACAGCAGCAGAACCAUCAGCGGCAACAGCCAGCCCAACCUUACCUGCAGUCGACGGCCAGAAGCGCACAGUUCGCGGCCGGCCCGAUCAGUAGUACGUCGAUUGCGCGACACACGCCGGCCCACUUGCAGCCAUUCGCGCCUCGGCCCUCCCCUCAGGACGAAAUGAUGGAGGUGUAUCCAGAGUUACCGAUUUCUUAGCCUAGGAUGGAAUACAACAAUUUUAGAAAGUUUAUAAUCUAAUAGAAAUACCACUAGUUUAAUUUUUUUCCAAAUCAACGCUAAUAGGCACUAUUUUAUAAAUCAUAUUUUUUGCGAAUAAGGAAGAAUUGUCAUCGGAACGCAGGCCAACCAAUUACGGAGUGUUUAUGUUCUGUUGCUGCAAAUGGGCGCGAUUAGCGUUGGCAGCAAGCAAGCAAGCACACACCCACAUGUCGGUAUAGCGAAUGAGAUGAGAAGCAGAUUAUUAUUAUACUAGCAGCAGCAGCAGUAACGGGAGGAAUAUGAGACGUGGAUAGGCAAUAUUUUAUGUGAUUGACCAUUAUUGAAAGUGAAGCACACAACCAUACCUACAGACACACACACAUACGCCCGUACACACCAAAAGAAAAUGUAGAGGGCGAGCGGGCACAGCACAGAGCGGAAACUUGUUGUUUGGCAAUUAAAAUGUAUUGCAUGGGAAAAAAAAACUUGGAUAGUGUUUUGGAAAAGAUUGGACCUCUUCCAUCAGCUACGUAGAGUAAAGAAGUGCAAAUAAUUUUAUUGUUAUACUUUCAGUUUCGAUAUUUAAAGAACAUUUUGAUUAUUCUCAAAGGCAUCAACUGAAAAAAAGGAAAAUAAUUGGGAUGGUGUCUCCUAUAAAACUGUAUUACUACUUGACAUUUUAUAAAGUAUGAUUUAUGUCCAGUUUGAUAAUCAACUCUCAACUAGAAAACUAUGGUUAGGAAGCAAAAUGUAUGCAAUUGUUACAAGAAAACUAUUUACGCGUGUACGAAUUAUUAGUAGAGAUGCUGUUGCAGAAUUAAAAUGAACGCGAAUCAAUCUAAUCUUAAAGUGGAGAAAAAUCAUACAAGGCAAACAACACUGUCAAGUAAAACAUUCUUUUUUUAGUUGUUUUUUUUCUAUCGAUUAUUCUUUUCUAGUAACAUAUUUUUUAGAAACAUAAGCAGAAAGGUUCGGCCGUUCGUUCCUGAUAAGGGUGAAGAUAACAAAAUAAAAGAAAAAAACUACAUCUAAAAAACUUAAGUUCCUCAAAUAAUAGACACGCACCGCCAGCGGCGGUUAGUAGCAGCAGAACGUUGGAUAAUUAAUUAUUAUACUGGUAUAUUUGAAGCGGUGGAAAAAUGUAGUGUAAAAGUAAAUAAAAAGAAAACUGUUUAAAGAAGAAGAAGAAACUCAUCAAAAUCAAAUGCGAACAUAGCAAGAAGUCACCUAUUAAAAAUGGCACGAUUGAGAUUUUGUUUUGUUGUUCUUUUUUUUUUCUUUAGAACAAAUGUAACUGAACGCAGAGGAAACCGGUGACUAAAAGAAGGAUUUAUUUUGAUUACCUAUUUAAGCUGCAAUUUCUUAAGGAGAGUAAACAAAUGAUUUAAUAAGAGAAAAUCGUGCAACUUAUGCAUAUAAUUAGUUGGUGGUGUGCCACUCGUCGCAAACCAUCUGAAUUUCAAAUCAACAUAGGAGACAAACAACGGUGGCGAGUUUGUAUAGUUAUGAAAAGCUUAGCAAUGUAACCUUCUUUAGCCAAAUAUCCCUCCAAAAAGUGAAAAUAAUAGUAAUUUAAAACACACACACACACUAGCUUGAUGAUGAUAAACGAUGAUGAGCUGAAAUCUGGAAAAGAAGCAAGAGUGUGAAAUGACCAAUAGUUUAUUUUUUUGUCAAUAGACCAUAAACGAUUACAUUUAAAAACACACUCACAGUGAAACCAGAACUAAUUUAGUUUUAACGUAACCAUUUACCAAUAGACAAUUGAAACAAGUCUUAAUUUUUAAAGAUUUUGUUCCGAACUUAGAUAAUUGAAAAAAAAAAUAAGCAUAGUAAACAAUAGCUGGAAACAAUGAAAAAUGCAAUAGUCUGGAUCAAAGAGAACAAACUAAUUUGACUGAUUUUAAAGUAACUCUCAACCUUUAGGCUAUAAGAGAAAACCACACGAACGAUAAAACGAAAUCAUCAACGAUGAUUUCGUUUGUACAAUAGAACAGCUUUAGGGAAAAACAAAAUGGAAACAAAGCUAGAUAACUGUGUAUAAUAGUCAAGUCACAACACCUUCCGUUUUUUUUCCGCCAUUACUUUUCUCCUAAACUCUUUAAGUUGCUCAACAAACCUAUUUUAUUUUCAUUAUCAACGUAGUUAGAUUCGUGAAAGGAAAAGAAGCUCAUCGAUCACUGUUUGCUUUAACAUUUUCUGCGGCUCUACUACUGCGGUCGAAUUCUGCUACGGUUGGGAUCGAACGCAAUGAUCAGGAGAAAAUGCUUCUCCCCUCCAUUGUAGUAGCGAGAUUUAUUCAAGUCAUUUAAUCGGUAAUUACUGAUACCGACGAGAAGAUACUGACGAGCUCAACAUUAGAGUCUGUUUUAGUUACCUAGCCAGAGCUUGAACGACGCGACGAGAUGAUAGCAAAUCAAAAGGCCGGAGAGCUAGCAUUUUUGGUGUUCAUACUGGAUCUGAACCAGCAGAUCGACGUGUACUGCCGCAUAGGUAACGUAAUUAUAAUCCACAGAAGCUGAAUAGGUACCCAUAUAUAGUGGAGGGGAUGGCAAACCACAAGCACUAAGCCUCUUCUAUAGCAUGAUGACUUUAACUUUCUAAAUAUAGUUUAUCUAUUUUAAAAAAUUAUCUUUAUUAUCUGUCUUACUUUGUAUGUAGCAUAAAAGAAAUGAAAUCGAACGAAGUCAAGGUUUUAGUGCAAAACUAAUCAAAUAAUGAAAAAAAUUAACAGAAAAAUAAUGAACAGAUGUAACGAUAUAAGAGUAAAGAACUUAUAGAGCGCUUGAAGAUUUGAAAUUUGAAA